AAUAUUAUGAUCGAAAGCUUUUACUUGCGGAAUAAGUCCCCUAAAGUAGGUUUCCCUUCUCUCAUCUAUCAUGGCUCCUCCUCUAGCCCAAAGCUCGAAUCCUUUCGCCAUGGAUUCUGAUCUUAAUGACCCGCAUUCCAUGGGCACGACCAUCAUCGGCGUCACUUACGAGGGUGGUGUCGUUCUCGGCGCCGAUUCGAGGACUAGUACAGGGAUGUAUGUUGCUAACCGUGCAUCGGAUAAGAUAACGCAGCUCACUGAUAACAUUUAUGUGUGCCGUUCUGGAUCGGCUGCUGAUUCUCAGAUCGUAUCUGAUUAUGUUCGAUAUUUCCUCCAUCAACAUACAAUUCAACUUGGACAGCCUGCUACAGUCAAAGUUGCGGCCAAUUUACUUAGAUUAUUUUCUUAUCAGAACAAGAACAUGUUGCAAACUGGCCUUAUUGUUGGUGGUUGGGAUAAAUAUGAAGGAGGACAAAUUUACUCCAUUCCCCUUGGAGGGACAAUUUUGAGGCAACCCUUCACUAUUGGAGGUUCUGGUUCCAGUUAUUUGUAUGGAUUUUUUGAUCAAGCGUGGAAGGAAGGGAUGAGCAAGGAUGAAGCUGAGAAAUUAGUGGUAAAGGCUGUCUCUCUUGCAAUUGCUCGUGAUGGUGCCAGUGGAGGUGUUGUUCGUACUGUUGUUAUAAAUGGUGAUGGAGUGAGGAGGAACUUCUACAGUGGGGAUUCGCUUCCUUUAUGGCACGAAGAGUUAGAACCCCGCAACUCUUUGCUAGAUAUACUCUCAGCAGCAGCAGCUACCAGUCCCGACCCAAUGAACAUAUAAUAAAUAAGCUUUUUCUUAUGCCUUUCUCACCAACCCCGUAACUCUUUGCUAGUUGAAUCUUCAAUUACCAGAAUUUGUUACCUUUUUCAUAAACCAUGAAUCUGUUUUAUUAAAGAAUUUGUUACAUUUUUGAACUAUCUUUGAUCAAUCUGACCCAUUGAAUUGAAUCUUUUA